AUGAGAUCACGGUUUUCACGAAGGGCAGGAGCCGCUGCUGCCAGUCUGCUGAGGCCGCUGCCUCCUCUCCCUGCGCGGGUCCCGCAUUACAUCACCGGCGACAACAGUCGGAGGGGGGAGGCAGAAGCGCCUCCUCCCCGCCCGGAGCCGAGGCAGCUGCGCCGGGGGAGGAAGGCGCUCACCUUGCCCCCCGAUGAGGGGCGGAUCAUGCCAUGGCAGCGCCGGCGAGCCACAGCGGCGGCAGCGAACAGAGCCCGAGCAGCAGCCCCGGGAGCCGGGCGGGAGCCGGGGGCACCGCGCUGGGAGUACGGGACGGCGGGGACCAGGGAGUCCGGCAAGCUGCCGCGACGGCCCCCGGCCUCCCUCCGCUCGAAGACUACGAGUGCAAAAUCUGCUACAACUACUUCGACGCGGACCGGCGCGCGCCCAAACUGCUGGCGUGCCUGCACACCUUCUGCCAGGAGUGCCUGAGCCAGCUGCAGCUCCGCGCCGCCGCCGCCAGCGCCGCGCCUGAGCGUCCACCGCGCCCGCCACCCUGGCACGGCCCUCCCGGCGCCAUCGCGUGCCCUGUGUGCCGUCACCGCACGCCGCUGCCCGACAGCCGCGUGCACGGCCUGCCCAACAACACCAAGCUCGCCGAGGCCUUCCCGCUGGCCCUGCGCGCCGCGCAAGACCCGCUGCCCCAAGACCGACUGCCGCCGCUGCCUGCGCGCCGCCCCGCGCCCGCAGCCGCCGCCGCGCCGCCCGCCGCAGCCCCGCAGCCCGAGCCGCCCGCCGAGGACGCGGCUCCCGAGCCUCGCGCCCGCACCGGCCUGCGCGCCCCGGGCGCCUACGAGAGCUGCCAGAACUGCAAGCGAGCCGCGCUCACCGCCGGCUGCGUGUGCGUGGUUUUCUCCUUCCUCUCCAUGGUGGUGCUGCUCUUCACCGGCCUCAUCUUCGUCAACCACUACGGCGGGGGAGGCGGCGGCGGCGGCGGCGGGGGAUCCCCCGGGGCAGGAACGACGCCUGGCACGGGCCCGGCGUCCGGGACGCCCUCGCCCUCCCCUGUGGGACCCAUUUGUCUGUCAGUGGCCAGCAUCCUGGCGCUCUUCUCAGUCGUUGUCACCUGGGUCAUCUGCUGGCUCAAGUACCGGCCCGAGGGCGCGGCCGCCGGCUCUGCGGGAAGCGGCGGCCCGAGGGCGCGGGCGGCGGCGGCUCCCGGCGGCGCGCGGAGGAGCGACACGUAGCGGACAGCGCCCCGGGUCUCUCGCCUGCCCCUGGAGCCCGCACGGCCCGAGAGAAGGGAGCCUCUGGCCGGGUGCGCCUGAGCCUCUCCGUGUCUGCGUGCGGGCCCCCUCAGGGCGCACACACCCUCCCGACCCCUGCGAAGCCCGGGUUUUUCGUCCCCUCGGGUUCUCCACACUCGACCUGCUCAGCCCUGGGCCAAAGAGGGAAACCAAGGAGACGCCCAAACUGUGUGAGAUCGGCCCCUGCGUCAUGCACCACUCCCAUCCUCGCCAGAAUGCGCGGCGAUCCCUUCCCAGAGUCCCAGGAUUUGCAGAGAAAAGGCAGUGGGACUCCCGCUGCGCUGCGGAAAACUGGUUUUCUAGGGGCUGGGAUUUAGGAGUUUCCUUAAGGGCGCAGGUGCGCGCGCGCGCUCGCGUCUGCCGCCGUUGUGAAUGAACUUGACUCUCCCAGAGGAAGAAUGCACGAGUCCUACACGUGAGGGAAACCUUUCCCUGCUUCCCCGCCGUGCCAGUACCCAGUCCUGGGUACUGAAAGCAACGCACGCUGGGCGCGGGCACAGCGCGGGCGUGUGGGCGCGGCGGCUGGAAGCGCCGCCGGCCGCAUCUGUGCGGGAUUGGGCAGAUGCUCAGCGCGCGUGCUUGUCGGGGCCGCCGGCCACGCCGCGGUGCAGGGGCGCGGCCCGCGCGUGUCGGUGGAUUCUGCCGCCCGCCCAGGGCCGGCUGUGUGAGCAGAGCCCAGAAGUCCCAACUCCUGGAAGCUGGUGGCGGGUUUAUGCACGAAGCCACUGCUUGGAAGUCAUUUCAUCUUCUGUAACUGGACUCAGGGAGCUUGAAAAGCCUGUUUUCCCUUUUCUCAAAACUGACUGACUGUUGCCCCCACCUGGAAGAUAUUGAAAGCUAUUCACACAGAAUAUCCACCGUAGGCUUUCCUCGACUUUUUUCUGUUUCAUUUAAAAUAGCCCAUUUUCGAAUAUUUAAUUCUAGAAAAUCUUAUGCAUUGAGUUUUCCAGAAGAGUUGUUUGAUAAGCAAUGACGUUUCUCCCAUACCUCCAGUCCAAAUGCAUUUCGAAACAAGGAGUAGAAGAUAAUGGUAUGUUGGUAAUUGUUCAAGAUUUUACACAGUAUUCAGUUAUAGGAUAAAAUAUUAAAUAGUGCCCAAAGACGAAACUGACAAGUCUGCUUUGACUAUGAGGAUAUAAUAGUGUACAUUUACAAGAAAAAAAUAUUAUCUUGAAUUUAGGUGUGUGAUGUUGUUGGAAUCACCAAAAUGUUUGCAUCUGGUCAUGUGAUAUGAAAAAGGAUAUGAUUUUGUAACUAAAAAGAUGAACCACAAAUGCGUGUGGCAGGUGGAUUAGAUGCCUUUUUUAGAGAAAGAAAAAUAUCUUCCAAAUGUAUUUUAUAUGAAAACAUUCUUUAUUCCAAUCUUGAAGCUUGGAAUAAGACAAAGUUUUCAUGCUUAAACAUCACAGAAGAUGCUGAGGGUGUGUUGUUAUUCCUUGUGUAUUUAUGCAAGCCAGCUGCAUGAUAUCUUGACACUAUUCUAUUAACUGAACUUGAAUGGAGCAUUUGUAUCUAUCCUAGGAGUGAAGUAAUUUAUUGGCCCAUGAUAAGUGGUGUGGCUGCAAAUAUAGGAACUACAAUAUGAUGUGCUAUAUGUCUGCAUUGUCUUAAUAAUAAAAAGGAAUUAUUU